AUGGCGGAGACUAAAGAAUGGGCAAAGCCUGCUGAGACGACUGGGAGAUUAACAGGUGUCCUGGCUCUGGCCACACUCAUAUCUGCAUUUGGCUCGUCCUUCCAGUAUGGAUAUAAUGUGGCCGUCAUCAACUCUCCAGCACCGUUCAUGCAACACUUUUACAACAUGACCUUCUUGGAGCGUUACACUACACCCAUGGGGGAGAACCUGCUGACUUUUUUGUGGUCGCUGUCCGUGUCCAUGUACCCCCUCGGUGGCUUCUUUGGCUCUCUCUUGGUGGCACCGUUGGUCAACAAACUGGGAAGGAAGGGCACCCUCCUUUUCAACAAUAUCUUCUCCAUCAUCCCUGCAUUGAUGAUGGGAGUCAGUGAGCUGGCAAAGUCCUACGAAAUCAUUAUCUUGGCCAGAUUCAUAGUGGGCAUCUGCGCAGGUCUUUCGUCCAAUGUGGUGCCCAUGUAUCUAGGUGAACUCUCGCCCAAAAACCUAAGAGGAGCCAUUGGUAUCAUACCGCAGCUCUUCAUCACUAUUGGCAUCCUCAGCGCCCAAGUGCUUGGAAUCAGAAAUAUACUGGGCAACAGUACAGGUUGGACCUUAAUGCUAGGCAUUACCGGCAUCCCUGCCCUGGUGGAACUCUUUCUGCUGCCCUUCUUCCCAGAGAGCCCCAGGUACACGCUCAUUCAGAGGGGCGACGAGAAGACAGCAAGGAAAGCGUUGCAGAGCCUGCGCGGCAGGGAAGACGUGAGCGAAGAGCUUGAAGAGAUGCGUCUAGAGGAGCAGUCAGAGAGGGUGGAGGGUCGCCUGUCGGUGCUGUCCCUUCUGUCCCAGCGGUCCCUUCGCUGGCAGCUGGUCUCUGUCAUAGUCAUGAACAUGGGACAGCAGCUGUCAGGGGUGAAUGCGAUCUACUACUAUGCAGACAGCAUUUAUGCCACCGCGGGGGUCGUGGAGAAUGACAUCCAAUAUGUCACAGUGGGAACCGGUGCCGUUAAUGUCUUCAUGACCAUAGCGGCUGUCUUCGUCGUGGAAGCGUCGGGACGCCGCCUUCUCCUCCUCUCUGGGUUUGGGAUUUGCUGCGGGGCAUGUGCUCUGCUCACGGCCGCUCUCAUUUUCCAGGAAAGUGUAACAUGGAUGCCCUACGUCAGCAUCACAUGCGUCAUCCUUUACAUCACCGGACAUGCUAUCGGACCCAGUCCCAUCCCUUAUGUGGUGACCACUGAGAUGUUCCGGCAGUCAGCUCGGCCCGCGGCCUUCAUGAUGGCCGGCUCCGUCCACUGGCUCUCCAACUUCACUGUUGGCCUGCUAUUCCCCUUCAUGGAGAGAGGCCUUGGUUCCCUCAGCUUUAUCCUCUUUUCCUUCAUAUGUCUGGCCACGUUUGUUUACAUCUGGCUAGCGGUUCCCGAGACCAAGAGCAAGACCUUUCUGGAAAUCUGCCAGAUGUUUGCCGAGAGGAAUGGCGUGGAGAUCGAGCUAGGCGACGGUGAUGAGCCGUUGAAAAAGAGCAAAGAAAACCUGCAGGAAAUGGAGAAGGUCACAAGCUUUUGA